AUGGAAACAUCCGUUGAUAUUGGCUUAAUUACUGAAUUUACAAACCCAAUAAAAUUAUUUUCUUGUUCGCCAAGAUAUCUUAUUCUAGUAUUCACUAAUAAAACAUAUUCACCGAAAUGUCAUUCACCUACUCAUGAAGUACGCUUAGAAGCUGAACGAAUUGUCAACCAAGCUUGUAAUACUCUACCUAAUGGAGAUAAUCCUAUGGAAGCAUUAAUUUUAAAUCCAAGAAUCACUAUAAAUAUACCGGAAAAUAUGUCAAUCUAUGAAAAUCUUAUUGAUUUAUCUGUAGAUGAAUCAGAAAUUGUACGUUUAGAACGUCAACGAAUUGCAGCUCAACGUAAACGAUUCAUUGAAGCAAAUGAGAAACAAAAUGCCAAAGUUAAUGAACCUGAACCUGAUCUAUUAGAAUUUUUCAAUCCAAAUCGUCAUGUCUAUCAAUCAGUUAAUCUGGAAUGGAAAGGUAUACGAAAUUUAUUGCCAACUUUACAACAUGCUUCAGAAGAUUUAGUCAAUGUAUUUCAACAGAAACUUCUCUGUGAUUACUAUUCGUAUUUUUGAUCAAACGAUCGAUCAUAACAACUGUUAUUGUUGUUGCUGUUGGUUUAUGUUUUUCCGCGGGGGACAUUGAGUGAGGCUGCGGCGCGGGGCAAGGGCGGUGCGGUGCGGUAAUGAUCAAUUUUGGCAUCCAUUCAUGUUACACCUUGAUUGAUGAUUGUACAGCGCUUUUUUUUGUUAACUUUGUUUUUCUACACAUAUUGAAAUAAAAUAAUUUUUGCGGUACACUGUGAUAAAA